AUGGUCUACACAAUCGUCGUCCACCUCUACGCCAAAGACGACCCCACCGCCAUCUCAAAACUCCAAUUCAAACUCACCGAAGCAAGCCAAGUCUACAGCAGAGACCGCGAGACAGUCGGUUGGCAUGUUAUGCAAGAUAUCUCUGAUCCACGCAAAUUUACGAUCGUGGAGCGGUAUGAGCGGGAGAGUAGCCAAAAAUAUCAUCUCGAGAACCCAUACUGGAAGACUUUCGAUCCUUUCGUCAUGCCGUUGCUGGAGAAGCCGAUGGAUCUGAUGCGGUUUGAGGAGCUUGAUCCGACUUUAGGGAGCCAUGUAGCGGAGGAGUCGAGUGCGGAUCCGUCGGUGGGGCAGAUGUAUGCUGGCGCGACGUGA